AUGUGGGUAGAAAAGGAUUACUUAGAUGUUGUCAUAGAGGAUUUCUUAGUUGUCAUAGAGAAUCAUUUAGUUGAUGUCAUAGAGGAUCACUUAGCUGUUGUCAUAGAGAAUCACUUAGUUGAUGUCAUAGAGGAUCACAUAGUUGUUGUCAUAGAGGGUCACUUAGUUGUUGUCAUAGAGGAUCACUUAGUUGUCAUAGAGGAUCACUUAAUUGUUGUCAUAGAGGAUCACUUGGUUGUUGUCAUAGAGGAUCACUUGGUUGUUGUCAUAGAGGAUCACUUGGUUGUUGACAUAGAGGAUCACUUGGUUGUUGUCAUAGAGGAUCACUUAGCUGUUGUCAUAGAGGAUCACUUUGUUGUCAUAGAGGAUCACUUGGUUGUUGAAAUAGAGGAUCACUUGGUUGUUGACAUAGAGGAUCACGUAGUUGUCAUAGAGGAUGACUUCGUUGUUGUCAUAGAGGAUCACUUGGUUGUUGACAUAGAGGAUCACGUAGUUGUCAUAGAGGAUGACUUCGUUGUUGUCAUAGAGGAUCACUUGGUUGUUGACAUAGAGGAUCACUUAGUUGACAUAGAGGAUCACUUAGUUGUCAUAGAGGAUCACUUAGUUGUCAUAGAGGAUCACUUAGUUGUUGUCAUAGAGGAUCACUGGUUGUUUUCAUUGAGGAUCACUUGGUUGUUAGGAUCACUGGUUGUUGUCAUAGAGGAUCACUUAGUUGUUGACAUAGAGGAUCACUUAGUUGACAUAGAGGAUCACUUAGUUGUCAUAGAGGAUCACUUGGUUGUUGUCAUAGAGGAUCACUUAGUUGUUGUCAUAGAGGAUCACUUAGUUAUCAUAGAGGAUCACUUAGUUGUCAUAGAGGAUCACUUGGAUCACAAAGUUGUCAUAGAGGAUCACUUGGUUGUUGACAUAGAGGAUCACGUAGUUGUCAUAGAGGAUGACUUCGUUGUUGUCAUAGAGGAUCACUUGGUUGUUGACAUAGAGGAUCACUUAGUUGACAUAGAGGAUCACUUAGUUGUCAUAGAGGAUCACUUAGUUGUUAUAGAGGAUCACUUAAUUGUCAUAGAGGAUCACUUGGUUGUUGUCAUAGAGGAUCACUGGUUGUUAGGAUCACUGGUUGUUGUCAUAGAGGAUCACUUAGUUGUUGACAUAGAGGAUCACUUAGUUGACAUAGAGGAUCACUUAGUUGUCAUAGAGGAUCACUUGGUUGUUGUCAUAGAGGAUCACUUAGUUGUUGUCAUAGAGGAUCACUUAGUUAUCAUAGAGGAUCACUUAGUUGUCAUAGAGGAUCACUUGGAUCACUUGGUUGUUGUCAUAGAGGAUCACUUAGUUGACAUAGAGGAUCACGUAGUUGUCAUAGAGGAUGACUUCGUUGUUGUCAUAGAGGAUCACUUAGUAGUUGUCAUAGAGGAUCACUUCGUUGUCAUAGCAGAUAACUUGGUUGUUGACAUAGAGGAUCACUUAGUUGACAUAGAGGAUCACGUAGUUGUCAUAGAGGAUCACUUCGUUGUUGUCAUAGAAGAUCACUUGGUUGUUGACAUAGAGGAUCACUUAGUUGACAUAUAG